AUGUUUAAGAGAUACUUUGAAGACACACCUCCCAGUGCCUUUGUCUGUGUGUGGAAAGCUAAUGUCAGAAUCGGACGAGGACAGGGCACAGCCAGUAAUAGAGCAGCGCAAGCCUCCUCGACAGCAACGCCUUUUGUGGAAGGGCCUGAGGAGGAGGAGGAGGAGGAGAAGGAGAAGGAGAAGGACCAUGAAGAGAUGGUGCUGAAUGAGGAUCUUAUGGGAGAAGAGGCAUGGACAAGAGCCCUUGAGGUGGUCAACGCUGCUGAUCCCUAUAAAAAUGGCAACCUUUUCAUUAUGGAGCCGUCGUCAGAGGAUGAUCAAGAGAACAGCCACAAUAUUCACGAUGGCUACGAAGCCAUUGGCGAUGAUGGUGUUGAGAUUUAG